UCAGCGUUUACUGCGCAGUCGGCUUUGUUCUUUAGCACCUGUUGCUCGGUUUUUGUUUUGUUUUUAAUUAGAUUAAAAUGCAAUACUAUUUGCAUUGCUUAAUUGUUUUGUGUUUAGUCUGUGCCACGCUUAACGUUUGCCAUGGAAAAACCAUUAAAAAAGCCGAGGCAAAUCUAAUAAAACCCCCCGAAGAACUCAGCCCUUUUCAGGGCAAAUCGUACCCCUAUAAACCAGAAGAGAAGAACCUGCAACGUGUGCAGUCCAAUGGAACUGUCCAAACUGAUAAUAGUUGGCAGGGAAAGUGGUUUCCCUAUGCUCCUGGUGAUCCGCAUAUUCCCAAAAAGGAAGAGGAUCCAAUGUCCAAACUUAGGAACAGUUGGCAAGGAAAAUGGUUUCCAUUUGCGCCCGGGAAAUCACACACUUAUCAGCAGGAUGGAAAAUCUACAAAGCAAACAGUAAAGCAGUCUCCAAUUCCCAUUUGCGAUGAUGGCGUGCACAAUCUGUCUGUUGACUACGACCCGCAAGAUAUACGCCAGAACUACAAUUAUCUGUGCAUUCAAAGCAAUCGCAGCCUCUUCAAUCCCAAUUUGAAUACUGAAGCUCUACUGACGACCCACUUUUUACCGAGUGCCUACGUACCACCUGCCAAGUGUUUGAAUGAGUCAAUCGGUUACAGUCACGAACCGCCAACCAAUGGUGCGUUUCGUCCUCUGCCCGCUGUCUAUGGCAGCUAUAAGUAUUUGCCGCCUCAGCGCUAUUUGAGGAAUCUGGCGGAGGGCGCCAUUAUCAUGUUGUUCCAUCCCUGUGCCUACCAGGGACAAGUGCAGCAACUGCAGCACAUUGUACAAGGUUGUCUCUAUCGCCAUCUUAUAACACCCUCUCAGUCGCUCUCUCCAGAGAGACCUUUGGCCUUGCUAGCCUGGAGCAACAGUCUGAGCAUGUCGGUGGUGGACGAGAAGCAGGUGGCACAGUUUAUACGAAAAUAUGCCAAACAGGGACCUCUCUCAUUGCCGAAUCUCUCGCGAGUUGUGGAGAAGAGAGAAUCGUAUAAAGCAGGGCUUUUGACUGAGGCGCAUCUUGUGACUGAUCUGGAUGACAGCGAGCUGUGCGGUUACUUGCAGCAGCACAUGUAGCCACUUGUUACCUAUUAACUACAACCAAAACAAUCGAAUACUAUAUUAGAGCAUUAAUAUAAACUAGUUAAUAUCAAACGGCAUACAUUCCUUAAGAUAUUAAAAUUGUUUUGAACUUUGUAAACGUUACACACUGUCAUUUCGAUAUAUGGGCUCGACAUAUCGUUGCGCUGAGUGGACAAUAAAUUGUGGCGGCUAAUCGAUAGGCGAUAACUAUUUUAUAGCAAGUUGCCAGAAUUUUGACCGUUAAGGCAAACCAGAUUUU